GCCUCUGACACCAGCACAAACCUGGAGACUACUACUAGUAUUGGAGUCCCCUCCAUUUCCACCUCCCUUGCCACUGAAGCGAGAGCUCUCGGAGCCGUCGUCCUCUGUCUCUCAUCCUUCUUCGUUGUUGAGCAAAGCGGGCUCGAGGAGGAGAUGAUGCUGAGCGGGCACGGCGGCGGGAGGCGCCUGUUCACGGCGUCGCAGUGGCAGGAGCUGGAGCACCAGGCGCUCAUCUUCAAAUACAUGGCCUCCGGCGCGCCCGUGCCGCACGACCUCGUCCUGCCGCUCCGCCUCGCCACCGGCGUCGACACCGCGCCCUCCCUCGCCUUCCCGCCCCAGCCUUCGCCGUCGCUGGCGUACUGGGGCUGCUAUGGCGCGGGGGCGCCGUUCGGCCGCAAGGCGGAGGACCCGGAGCCCGGGCGGUGCCGGCGGACGGACGGCAAGAAGUGGCGAUGCUCCAGGGAGGCCCACGGAGACUCCAAGUACUGCGAGAAGCACAUCCACCGCGGGAAGAGCCGUUCAAGAAAGCCUGUGGAAGUGACCUCCCCCGCCGCCUACCGCCCGUCCGCGUUCUCCAUCUCGCCGCCUCGCGCGGCCGACGCGCCGCCGCCGCCGCCGGGCCUCGGCCACCCGCAGCAGCAGCAUCUCCGCCACGGCGCUCUCUCUCCAGCAGGCCGCGCCCACGCCGCUGGCGCUCUCCAGCUCCACCUCGACUCGAGCCUGCACGCGGCGUCGCCGCCGCCGUCCUACCACAGGUACGCCCACUCCCACGCUCACUACACGCCGCCGCCGCCGCCGUCGCUCUACGACUACGGGCAGUCCAAGGAGCUUCGGGAGGCGGCGGAGCUCAGGCGGCGGCACUUCCACGCGCUCGGGGCCGACCUGAGCCUCGACAAGCCGCUGGCCGACGCCGGGGCCGCGGAGAAGCCCCUGCGGCGUUUCUUCGACGAGUGGCCGCGGGAGAGAGGCGACACGAGGCCGUCGUGGGCGGGGGCGGAGGACGCGACGCAGCUCUCCAUCUCCAUCCCCGCGGCUUCGCCCUCCUCUGACCACGCUGCCUCUGCCGCCGCGCGAUGCCACAACGAUGGGAGUGAUCGGUGCAUCUCCUAGCUGCAACUGCAAUGCAAGCCUGCAACCGCGUGGAUUGUUGUUGAUUGGUGUAGUUUCCUAGCUGCAAUUCAAGCCUGCAACAGCGAGCAGUGAGCAGCAAAUGCGUGGGGAGGGCACGCAGCUCAGGCUGAUGCGCAAAAUCCGAAGCGAGUCAAGCAGCAAUAGGACUCUAGGUCUAUGAUUUGAUCUUCCUUUGUAGCAGUACGUUACCAAAAUGUUAGCUCGUUGUUGUUCGGUGUGACAUUUUCGUUCAGGUUGCUCC